AGGGACUAUAGUGGGUUGAAGAUUUUUAUUAGCUUGUCAUGGGAGUCUAUGAGUCCCAAAGGUUAAGAACCACCUGUCUGAGAAUAUGGUUCCAGCUAUUUCCUCAUCCCAAGCCAGGUUAGGAACCUUUGGGCAAAUAGAAGAGUGCCCCCUAAUUAUCCCCUUCUCCAGGAUGUGGGGGCUCAAGGUUCUACUACUGCUGCCUGUGGUGAGCCUUGCUCUGUACCCCGAGGAGAUGCUGAACACCCAGUGGGAGCUAUGGAAGAAGACUUACAGAAAGCAGUAUAACAGCAAGGUGGAUGAAAUCUCUCGGCGUUUAAUUUGGGAAAAAAACCUGAAGCAUAUUUCCAUCCAUAAUCUUGAGGCCUCUCUUGGUGUCCAUACAUAUGAACUGGCCAUGAACCACUUGGGGGAUAUGACCAGUGAAGAAGUGGUUCAGAAGAUGACUGGACUCAAAAUACCCCCCUCUCAUUCCCGCAGUAAUGACACCCUCUAUAUCCCAGACUGGGAAGGCAGCCCAGACUCUGUUGAUUAUCGGAAGAAGGGAUAUGUUACUCCUGUCAAAAACCAGGGUCAGUGUGGUUCCUGUUGGGCUUUUAGCUCUGUGGGUGCCCUGGAGGGCCAACUCAAGAAGAAAACUGGCAAACUCUUAAAUCUGAGUCCACAGAACCUGGUGGAUUGUGUGUCUGAGAAUGAUGGCUGCGGAGGGGGCUACAUGACCAAUGCCUUCCAGUAUGUGCAGGAGAACCGGGGCAUUGACUCUGAAGAUGCCUACCCAUAUGUUGGACAGGAUGAAAGUUGUAUGUACAACCCAACAGGCAAGGCAGCUAAGUGCAGAGGGUACAGAGAGAUCCCUGAGGGAAAUGAAAAAGCCCUGAAGAGGGCAGUGGCCCGAGUGGGACCCAUCUCUGUGGCCAUUGAUGCAAGCCUGACCUCCUUCCAGUUUUACAGAAAAGGUGUGUAUUACGAUGAAAACUGCAAUAGCGAUAAUCUGAACCAUGCAGUUUUGGCAGUGGGAUACGGGAUCCAGAAGGGAAACAAGCACUGGAUAAUUAAAAACAGCUGGGGAGAAAACUGGGGAAACAAAGGCUAUAUCCUCAUGGCCCGGAAUAAGAACAACGCAUGUGGCAUUGCCAACCUGGCCAGCUUCCCCAGGAUGUGACUUCAGCCAGCCAACCCCAUCCUGCUCUUCCAUUCCUUCCACAAUGGUGCAACAUACUGAUAUACCUUGGAAGGGAAUUGGUGUGCCUUUCUUGAAGAAGAUGUAAUGAUACAGAGAUUGCCUAUUCGGUUUCCAUGUUUGUUUGUGCUUUAAGUGACACUCCUACUACUUUUCUUCUCUCCACCCAACGUCUUUAUUUUUUCAUUAGAAAUAGGAAAUUUCCCUAACAGGUAUGCAUUCUUAGGCUAAGAGAUGUGACCACAGCCUGCCCUGACUGUGUUGUCCUGGGGCCAAUGCUGUGUAAAUAGAGGCUAGAGAUCUUCAGCUAGGCUAGGUUCUCAUUCACAGGGACUAGUUAGCUUUAACCACUCUCGAGGACUAAGGUGACCGGACUUCUCAGUCUCCACAUUUACUUCUAUAUCUUCAAGGUAGAAAUUCCACCCCAUUAAUAAAUCUAUUCAUAAAUCUUUGGUACAAGGUUACAUGAUACAACAAAUGUGUUUUGUUUUUCCUUCUUUGCAUUUAUAAAGUAAACUGUAUUUAUCACUUAUCUCUAAUUUAAUAAAUAGCUAUUUAGUAAACA